CUCACAUAUCUGUAUCUAGUGGUACGUAGUACAUGAUUAUUCUCUUUUUCUCGUGCUACAUCAAUCUUGCUUCCGACACCGUCGUUCAUGGCCGUCGAACGGCCAGGAGACACAGGAGAAUUACUAGUGCUUGCACUCAACGUCCUCCUUUCGAAUCGAUGCCUCAGGCUUGUCUCGCUGGGCUGCUUCUUGCUCGGCGCGCGCCCUUUUGGCUUCCUCGUCCGCCCUAACCCUCUCCGCCUCAGCGCGCUGUCUAUCCUCCUCAGCGCGCCUGGGGAACUCCUCGGCCUGGUGCUUGUCCUCGUUUGCCUGGCGCAUCACUUCCUCAGCUCUCCUGACAGAUUCUUCCGCAAGCCGUCUCGCCUCCUCAGCGCGCUGCCUAUUCUCUUCGGCGCGCUGUCUAUCCUCCUCGGCGCGCUGCCUAUCCUCCUCGGCGCGCUGCCUAUCCUCCUCAGCCCGCCGUCUAUCCUCCUCGGCCCUCCAUCUAUCCUCCUCAGCCCGCCGCCUAUCUCCCUCAGCCCGCCGUCUGUCUCCCUCAGCACGACAUCUGUCCCCAUCAGCCCGCCAUCUAUCCUCCUCAGCGCGCCUGCGGAACUCCUCCGCCUGGCGCUUAUCCUCGUUUGCCCAGCGCAUCGCUUCUUCAGCUCUCCUGGCAGACUCCUCCGCCAUCCGUCUGGAUUCCUCGGCAAGCAUCCUGUCUCGUUCCCUCCUCUUGGCCUCUUCCUCUGCUGUGGCACGCUCUUCUUUGGCUAGUCGCCGCUGUUCCUCCGCUCGUUGUCUCUUAGCUUCUAACCUCUGCUGUUCUGCGCGUGCGGCUUCCGCUUCCUGCCUGACUGAGGUGCACCGCGAA